CGCUUUCCGGCAGCGUGGCGGAACAACCCCGUCGUUUUGCGCCGUUUGGCGACCCUGCGCGCGGCGGCCGGCGGCAGUGUGGCCGCCAUGGCGUCGCCCUUCAGCGGGGCGCUGCAGCUGACGGACCUGGAUGACUUCAUCGGGCCGUCUCAGGACUGCAUCAAGCCCGUGAAGGUGGAUAAGAGGCUUGGGAGUGGCGUCGCCAAGAUCCACAUCGAAGACGACGGGAGUUACUUCCAAGUUGGUCACGACGGAGGGACGCGGAAGCUGGAGAAGGCCAAGAUCUCCCUGGACGACUGUCUGGCUUGCAGUGGCUGCGUCACCUCGGCAGAGACCGUGCUCAUCACUCAGCAGAGCCAUGAGGAGCUACGGAAGGUUCUAGAUGCCAAUAAAACAGUGGCGCCCGGUCAGCAGAGGCUGGUCGUCAUUUCCGUCUCACCCCAGUCCAGAGCAUCGCUGGCAGCGAGGUUUCAGCUGAAUCCAACAGACACCGCCAGAAAAUUAACAACAUUCUUUAAAAAACUAGGGGCGCACUAUGUGUUUGACACCGCCUUCUCGAGGAACUUCAGCCUCCUGGAGAGCCAGCGAGAGUUCGUGCGGCGGUUCCGAGGACAGGCUGACUCCAAGCAGGCCUUGCCUGUGCUGACUUCCGCCUGUCCAGGCUGGAUCUGCUACGCCGAGAAGACCCACGGGACCCUCCUCAUCCCCCACCUCAGCACUGCCCGGUCCCCGCAGCAGGUCAUGGGGUCCCUGGUCAAGGACUUCUUCGCCCAGCAGCAGCGACUGACCCCUGACAAGAUCUACCAUGUGACAGUGAUGCCCUGCUACGACAAAAAGCUGGAGGCCUCCCGACCUGACUUCUUCAGCCAGGAGCACCAGACACGUGACGUGGACUGUGUCGUCACAACGGGAGAAGUCUUCAAGUUGCUGCAAGAAGAAGGGGUCUUGCUGUCAGAACUGGAGCCCACCCCCCUGGACAGUCUGUGCAGCAGCGGGUCUGCCCAGGAGCCCACCAGCCAUCAGGGUGGGGGCUCAGGGGGCUACCUAGAGCACGUGUUCCGGCAUGCGGCCCAGGAGCUCUUUGGAGUCCACGUCACUGAGGUCACCUACAGACCCCUGAGGAACAAGGACUUCCAGGAGGUGACCCUGGAGCGGGAGGGCCAGGUCCUGCUGCACUUCGCCAUGGCCUACGGCUUCCGCAACAUCCAGAACCUGGUGCAGAAGCUCAAGCGAGGGCGCUGCCCGUACCACUACGUGGAGGUCAUGGCCUGCCCCGCAGGCUGCUUGAAUGGCGGAGGCCAGCUCAAGGCCCCCGACACGGCUGACAAGGAGUUGCUCCAGCACGUCGAGAGGCUGUACAGCAUGGUCAGGACGGAGGUGCCAGAGGACGUGCCUGGGGUCCAGGAGCUGUACAAGUGCUGGUUGCAGGGCGAGGGCUCAGAGCAGGCUGGCCGCCUGCUGCACACGAGCUACCACGCGGUGGAGAAGGCCACCUCUGGCCUCAGCAUCAGGUGGUAGGAGACUUGAGGGUCUGCCAGCCCACUGCAGCCAGUACUGGGACUCCCAGGAAGGCGUGCACGGUCUCCAGCAGGAAGUCACGCCCCGAGACCCCAGAGCUGCAGGGGCGUAUUGGAAUCCGCGAGGAAACAGGCCUCAGGACCCACAGCCAGUAAAGGUGAUCUCCAGCUUGCACUCACUCAGACUCCCCGCUAUAGGAGGCUGGAGGGUCCACGGGGUCCUGGAGCCGUCCCAAGGGCCCAGGCCCAGCUCAGUGCCCUCACUCCUGGUUGUGGUGGCCCAAGUGUGUGAGGGUUUCAGCCAGUUCCAUGGAAGGCUUAAGACAGAGCAAAAGUCCCCAUUUCUAGAGUCACGCAUGAAGCUGCGGAAGGAGGGCUGUGCCAGGCUGGACCUGUCAGGAUGGUGAGCUCAUAGACCAGCGUGGAGGACACUGGUGGGAGAGGGACGCCUGGCCAUAACACUCACCUGGGGACGGAAUGCCCCCUUCACCUGGAGCCAGAUGUUCACUGUAAUGCAGCUCUGGCCUCUAGGGCCUGAGAACCUGCAUUUUCUGGGCAGAAAGCAGGCUCUGUCACCACAAGCCUCAGUGGUCUUUCCAGCUGUCUCAUAGCCACAGCUGGAUCCCCACCUACAGGGGUGGGGGGACACUUUGGGCUCGGCUCUAAUAAAGGGACCUCCCUCUGAAAA